AUGGGCUUCUUCGACGCUUUCAUCGACGCCGCUACCUGCGCCGUCCUGGCCACCUCGGCCAUCGUCCAUGGCAAGGCCGGGACCACCUGCGACGGUGUCCCUGCUGCCCUGACCUCCUCUGGUAUUGUCACCGGCUUCACUGAGAACGGCACUGGCAACCACGUCUUUCUGGGCAUCCCUUUUGCCGACUCCACCGCCGGCGGAAACAGGUGGAAGCCCCCCGUUUCUCCUGCAAAGACAUGGGGCAUCCUCAACGCUACCGAAUACGGAUCGACAUGCGCUCAGGCCGGCAUCAGCAGCAGCCUUGCCGCUCAGGGUGAGGAUUGCUUGAACCUCAACAUUUGGACCCCCGCUAAGGGCACCAACCUUCCUGUCUUCGUUUACAUUUACGGAGGUGCUAUGGUCACUGGCGGCUCCAGCAACCCGCAAUGGCAAGGUAGCAACUUUGCUUCCAAGGACGUCAUCUACGUCAACUUCAACUAUCGCGAGUCGAUCUUCGGUGCCCCUAACUCGGCUGAGCUGUCCGGCACUUCGCAGAACUUCAACAUUCUCGACGUUGAAGCUGCCUUGGAAUGGGUCCACCGCAACAUUGCCGGCUUCGGCGGCGACAAGAACCGCAUUGUCUUGGGCGGACAUUCCUCCGGAUCCGUCAUGGUAGACCACUACCUGUGGAACCACCCCAACACAUGGCUUGCCGGCGCCAUUGAGAUGUCAGCGAACGCUGAGUCAGGCCCGGGCUACGCUACCGAGAACGUUGGCCUUGAGGCGGUCAUGGCCGAUGUCGCUAACUCUACUGGCAAGACGCUCAGUACGCUCAACGACCUGCGUCACGUUAGCGCCUAUGAUAUCGAAACGUCCAAAUUCAACUCCACCUACAACACGUGGUUUGCGCCAAUUGUCGACAACAUUACGCGCUUCAGCGACUAUCCCGGCCGUUUUGCUGCCGGCCACUACCCCAAGGAUCUGCCUCUCAUUGUCGGCAACUCUGAUCAGGAGGGCAAGAUCUUCUCUCUUGUUUACUCGGCUGAAAACUCGGACUUCAGUUCUUGGAUCAACACCUUUGAUGCCGAUCUUGCGCACAUUGCGGAUGAGGACCUCUUGGCUAGCUACAACGAGUCUGACUAUGAGUCCGUCUCGCUCAUGAGCGGUGCCAGCUAUGGUGAUGCCCGCUUUUUCUGCCCGACUGAUUACCUGCUCGAUGUCCGCGCCUCCGAGCAACCCACCUGGAUCUACCGCUGGUUUGGCAACUAUAGCAACGUGAUCGGUGUUGACGGAAUGGGCUCCUCUCACGGAUCCGAGGUCCCCUUCUUCCACGGUGGCAACCAGUGUUUUGAGGCUCUCGACAAUGUCACUGACGAACAGCAAGCUCUUGCUGACUGGAUGAACGAUUGGUUUGUCGCUUGGAUUAAGAACCCCGCUGCUGGCCCUGGAUGGGACAAAGCAACUCCGAUAAGUGGACCUCUUGCCAAGGUUGGCGUCCCUGGAAACGAGACCGAAGUGAUCGUCGGCGAUACCAGCGAGUACAACUCCCGUUGCCAGAGUCUCUACAAGCCGAACUUCCCCAAGUACCCCGUUGUCCAGGAUCCGACGAAGCUCUGA